GGACAACUGCAUUAAAUGAGUGAUCAGUUGACUUGACUAGUAGAGCCCGGUAAGGUUGGCGGGUUACUAUUUUGGGAUAAAGUAUUCCUGACAUUCCGGCCAAUCAUCUGCAAUUACUCUACGUAGCAUGGGGUGCAUUAAAUGAGCAUUUAAUGCAUGCACUGUAGCUUUUCCGUUUUAUACUCCUAGCCGUUGAAGGAAUCUUUAAGUUGACUUCCCGGUUCUUUGAAAAUCUUCUAAGUGUCAGACCUUCUGGUGUCUUUGUCAGAGAGUAGAACAGAGGAGGUCUGGAGCACUUCUGUUGGGAGUAUCCAACAGAGACUCAGAAGGGUUUCUGUCAGAGUCAAUACUAACAGAGGUCCUGAGGACUUCUGUUCUGGAGCAGGGAACCAAAGAUCCUCUGUUCCAAUAAAGCCUUAAGAGGCACUUCUGCUCUGGGAGCCCUUCUGUUCUUGAAGCACUUCUGCUCUUGAAGCACUUCUGUCAGGUCGAAUACACCUAAGAAUUUUACAAAGGAAAAUUCUAAUACAUAAUUUCUAAAGGGGUACUUCUAAAGUCCUAAUGAAUAUAGCAUCAUCAAAAUCUAAAUACAAUUAUUCCUUACAGUUGGAACGGGGGGGGGGGGGGGGGGGUUGUCCGGCGAGCCGGAUUUGGUCCACCACCGCUUUCAUGAAUGGAUUCACCCUCUCCACUCUCGCGGUUGAAGACACCGAGGAGUGUAUAGCUUUGACUGCCCUGAAGGUAUAUUAUAUUCCUAGUCUCUUUCUCUUUCUCUUCUUUCCUGAUUGCGCGUUCACCUUGUCACUACUGUUCAACCAAGUGCAGAUGGGGAUUUACAGUCUACUGCUCCGCGAGGCACGGCUGGCCAAGGAGCGAGAUCUGAUCGUGGCCAAGGAAAAUGCUGAGCAUGCUUCUUCCUCCGCCAUCCAGGCAGCUGAGGCCGAUCGGAAGAAGAUGGAGGCCGAAGUCAGGGAGCUUCGUGUCAAAAUGGCCUCCCUCCUGGACCAUAUUUCAGCGGCUGAGGCCGCUCAGGUCAAGUUUCAGGAGGCGCCUUCACAGAUCCCAAACGGUCUUGUAGAAAUGAUGGUUGAUCUUUCCGCCGUUCGGGAAAGCUUUAAGAGUUCUGAGGAGUUCUUGGCCCUGAAGGAAGAAUAUGCCCUCGAACAGCUCCAUGUUGUCUUCGGGCGGCAUCUGGCCAAGCUGGGUGGCGAAGAGCGCCAAAAGGAGGGGGUUAGGAUGCUCGACCAGCAUCCAGUGACCAAGUGGUGGGUUGACACCCUUGCUCAAGAAGUUUAUGGCGCUGGGUGCCAACACAUGCUACAGCUGAUCCUUCCCCUCCUGGAAAAGCUUUUAGGGCAACCCGUGCAACCAUCCGAUUUCUCUGGUCUGCAUCCUGAUCAAAAAAUGCAGGCGGGCUUUGGGGAUGGAGAUUGUCCAGGCUAUUGAUGAAGAAGCCGAAGAGGGUGAUGAUGAUGAAGAGGGAGAGGACGUCCUCGAACAGUAGAAUAGAUCUCAUCAUUCCUUUGUACUUUCAAUUCCUAUUUUUAUAAGUACUUUCUGUAAUUUCCGGUCAAUAGAGUUGAUGAAUAUAACGAAAUUUUGCCUAUCAACUUGUCUCUGUAGUUCAUUUCUCACUGUUUUACUUCUGGACUUGAUCAUUUCGAUCAUUGAUCUCCAUUUCCCCGAUCCGAUGUAUCUUGUUCUAUUAUAGCGAUCGGGUUGCCUGUUCGAGAUGGUAUCCAUAGGUUGAGUCCAAUAUUUAGGACUUAGCCAUUUCUGUGAUUCAUUUUGACUCAUAUACCCUUGUAUUUUUCUUGUUUCGGUUAUGCCCGGUCGGUCAUAGAUCAUUUUUCAGAUUCCUUCAGCCCGUUCACGCAUGUUAUUCUUCCUCACAUAAGCACAACCCUUGAGGACUUAAUUGCUUUUCUUGUUUGUUUCUUUCCAGCGGGCCCUGAUCGGGAAUCGUGGUUCCAAGCCCAAUCCAGGUGUAUCCUGAUACAAGACAUUUAUGUUUUAUCUCAUUCGGGACAAAUGUUAGUACCUCUAUUCCUUUUCUGUGGUUCAGUGCCACAUUCGUUGACUUUGAUCCCGUUCGGGUAUUUCUGCUCCUGGUGACGCCUUAACUCCCCUCAACUGUUUGUGACACGUGUCUACCAAUGAUUUGGGUCCUUGGCGGCAACAUUUCUCUAUAUAAGGAUGCAGCUGCUUCCUUUUAACUUUUUCUGUUGCUUUAUUCUCAAACAUCCCUCAAGCUCUCUCUCUCUAGAUUUUGGUUUUCUAGUUUAUGUCUGCUUUCUCUGGUUCUUCAGACUCCGAGAAAAUGGCGCCUACAUUGAUUCGUCGCCCCAGGGGAAAGGCCCACUGCAAAGAUCAAGAAGGUACGUCUGCCCGAUCCUCAGGUUCUCCUGAUUCCUCAUCUCUUUGACCCAAACAGCCCCUUCUGGAUGAUGGGUGCACAUCUGGGGAUGACUUGCUGUGUAUGAAAGGGGUAUGCCUGAACGGCCCCCUCGAUAUAGCUUAAAUUUUCAUUGCAUUAGGAAACAACGGCAACGCCUCCCUGUGGAUGCCGAAUAGUCGCUCCGCCAGUUAUUGCCCCCACCCCGUCAGUUUUACGCGGGGUUUAUCAAGCAUCCCAUGUGACAUCGCCCGGGGUACGUGCUGGUGCAUAUGGAUGCGCUAGUUGCCGGUCUCCGGCUUCCUCUGCACCCCUUUAUUCCUCGCCCAGUUCGUACCAAGCACAUAUACGAUUCUGACCGGGUACAUCGUCCUGUGUCAUGACAUGGGCCUGGCCCUGAACGUUGAUCUGUUCCUGUACUACUACAGCUACCAGCCCUACUGGACCACGGGGUAUCUGCAGUUGGUCGCUCGGCCCUUUCGCCAGCUGUUCACGGAGAACCCAUCCGCCCCUGAAAAGUGGGAGGAGCGGUUUUUCUUUGUGCGUGUAGAGGAGUCCCUCCUGUUUCCUGAUUGGUGGAACACUUAUCCGGCACAGGACAUUUGUCCCGCUCUGAGUGUCCCCUUGCAAUGUCAGUAUGACAGGUUUCAACUGGCGGAAACGAAGAACCUCCAUUCCUACCUUACGUCUGCUAAGCUCUCCGCUGCUGGAAUCGGUGUAAUUCCUCGUGUUUCUACCCCUUCCUCCACCACUCUUGUCGAUUAAGGGAAGGGGAAGGCUACUCAGCAAGGUUCUUUCGCUGGUCGGGAAUCCGGGCCCGUCAACAAACGUCCCAGGACCGAGAGCGAUGGUCAGCUGGUCCCGAUUGAUCAGGUCAUAGAUCUGACGGAUCCUAACUUAGAAAUGAUGCACGCCGCUCCUUCUCCUCCUAAGAAGUUGGGCCCCUCGCUUGGCAAGAAAGGUGAUUCUGCUCCUGACAAUUUCCCGAUCCUCGAUUGGUUGACCGUGGAAUUCUCCGCCAUGGGUCCCCGAGCCGAUGGCCGGACCCUGUUUGGGCAGACUGCAUCCUCUAUGUGGUGCAGCACUUCCUUGAAGGCUGGUGAGAGUUUCACCAACCUGACUCACUGGUCUGAUCUGGUUGAAGCAGGCCAUUUGGAGAGCAUAAAGGCCAGUACUUAUUAUCACCAGGCCUUCCUGGCGGCCGAGCGGGAGAUGACAUCCCUUGCCAAUGAGUGGGACGAGAGCCAGAUUCUUUUGGCCGCCACUCGUAAGAUGGCCGCAGAUCUUCAGGAGCGGGCCAAUAAAGGGGAUAAGGCUAGGGAGGAACUGGCCGAACUGGAGAAGCGGAUCCAGCGGCGCGAUCGGGAGAUCCGCGAGCUUUGUGCCAAGGUGAAAGCCGCUGAAGCUACUAACCUCAAAAUUGAGAAAGCCAAAGGUGAAAAUCCUCCCGCCCCCCUACACGGCUGAUGCUUCUAAGGACACUAAACAGGCGGUGAUAGACUUGCAGAGGGGGAAGGGCCUGAAUGAUGCCCUGGCCAAUACCGCUCGGGAGUUCCUUGGGAAGCACUUGGGCAAGUUCCUGGAGAAGUGUCAGGAUCCUGUAGCUGAUGGCCUCAAACUCCUAGAUGAAACGCCUGGUGGCACAGCCUUCAUCAAUGCCUUUUCCAAGGACACACUCAUUAAGUGCCAAGAUAUGUUAGUCGACCGGAAUCUUGACGUGAUCAAGGGGACUUUCUCCGAGCCCUUUGAUCCUAAAGAAGAAGGCUUUGACACGCUAUUCUGUCGUGCUUACCAGCGGGUGAUGGAUAAAAGGCAGAAGGCCAAGGAUUCAGCCGAGCUCUCAAACUCCCAAGCGGGUGCCUCCGGAACAGGGAUCCUCUCGUAGCAUAGCUUUUUGUCUUGGUACUUCAUUGAUCCAUUUUUUCAUUCCUUUGUAUUUCCCGACCAGUAGUGCCGAAGAAUAAAUAUACAUUUCUUGUUCGAGAUUGAUUCCCCGAUCAUACAGAUCAUUACCUAAGAUUUGGUUGACUACUUAGAUAAUGCAUGUCAUCUUCCAAACCCGUAAUUCAGAUGCACCCGUGUGGUUCUGCCGUUCUGGGACAUCCAUAGUAGGGGUUUGAGAUGUCCGUUUUCAAGCUAAAUACAAGAUACUCUAUUCGGGUCAUCUCUUAUAUUUCAAGCUGAAACGGAGACUCACCUCCAAGUUACAUCUCGGAUUCCACCAUAACGAUUUCCCUUCGUCGUGGUUCAUCUAGGUUAUAGAUUGAGGUAAGGUUUCUAAUGCCCGUCAUCUUCCAAGCCCAUAAUUUUGAUGCACUUGUUCGGUUCUGCCAUUCCGGGACAUCCAUAUUAAGGGUUUGAGAUGUCCACUUUCAAUCUAAACACAAGAUCUCUUGUACGGGCCAUCUCUUGUAUUUCAAGCUAAAGUGGAGACUCACCUCCAAGUUACAGCUCGGAUUCCACCAUAACGAUUUCCCUUCGUCGUGGUUCGUCAAAGCUAUAUACUGAUGCAAGGUUUAAAAACCAGAGUCCUGACUCCCCGCUCGGUCACCCGUAUCACCGAAUGCCGUCCGGCUCGCCUUACUCGAGGUUUUACACCAUCUUCUAAACUGGAUUGGAUCCCCUGCUCGGUCAUCCGGAGCAUAAGGCCAAGUCCGAGCUGAAAUGGAGGCUCCCUCCAAAUUAAGAUGGUGGUUUUCAUUCGGUCAUCCAGAAUGAUUUCCACCAGAGCUUUGAUCGAGGUGAGGCUUUUGGCCAUGGUUGUGAUAUUGUCGUUCGGUCAUGCUGACCGGGUUAUCCAACUUCUGACCUUAUGUCUAGAAGUCAAUUUCUC